AUGAGAAACAGGCGUGAAGAAUCACGCGCACUUGAUACCAAGACUCCCAUACUAGGACCCUACAUGUAAGGUAGAUAUAUUAUAGAUACAGACCGCAGGGACUGGUGGCUAGAUACGUUGUCCUAUCUACUCAUCAGAUUCAGCAUCAUGGUCUCUUUCGCGGUCUUUGCCGCCGCCGUACUAGGCAGUCUGCCUUUCGCUCUCACGGCACCGAGCGGUAUUGCCUCACUUAUCAAUCAUGAAACAGUCGGGAAGCAGCUCGAAGCCCGUCAAGGUGGCUACUACUCCUUUUGGUCCGAAGGAGGUGGCUCGUUCCGUUGCAACCAACAAGGUGGCGGAAAGUAUACCUGUAAUUGGUCAGGACAGCCUGGUGGUGGCUUCGUUGCUGGUACAGGUUUCAAGCCUGGGGGUUCAAGGACAGUCAGAUACUCGGGUACAUACGACGCCAAAGGUCCCGGUUACCUCGCCCUCUAUGGCUGGACGCGCAAUCCCCUCAUCGAAUACUACAUCAUCGAGUCUUAUGAUGUCCUCGCCCCAGGUGAGCCUUGGACGCGCAAAGGCAACUUCACUUUUGAAGAAGGCACCUACGAGCUGUACACUAGCCAGCGCGUAAACAAACCGUCUAUUGAGGGGACUCGUACCUUUACACAGUUCUGGUCGGUGAGAACGGAGAAAAGGGUUGGCGGUACAAUCACUACGCAAAAACAUUAUGACGCGUGGAACAAGGCUGGAAUGAGGUUGGGCGGUCACGACUAUAUGAUUCUCUGUACGGAGGGAUUUGCGAACGGGACGCUGCUGCCAAGUGGAAGUAGCAGCAUCACUGUGACUUAGUUGUUGAGAAUUGACUCAUGUCUAGCCUCGAAUUGUGAAGCCGUAGAAUAUGAACGCAUUCUUAAAGUCUCAAUCAUGUGUAUUUAUGUCAUGGAAGUGUCAUCCUUUG